CUCCACUCAACACAAUACAACAAAGCCGGAUCCCCGAUAAUCUCCCAUUCAGACGCAAUGCGGAUAUUGUUCCGUUAAUCAGAAUCAACCGCUCGGUCUUGAACUCGGGAUUGUCCCUUGGCUCUCGCUAAUCUUAGACCAUUACGUCUUGGCUGGCAGCGAGGCCCCGCCCCCUGAAAGUGUAAGUGAUUGACACUUGAAGUCCAAUAACAUUACCGGCGGACAAAAGAAACUCCGUUCCGCCGUCAGCUCGGCACAUUCAUCGGUACGAAGACACGCGAAGCUGUUUGACAAUAGAACCAAGUGCAAGUUUUUGUUUCAACCAGAACGGACUUCUGAAGAAUCACGAUGAAAGCAGCGAUCAUUGGUGGAGGGAUCGGCGGCCUUGUGGCCAUCAAGGCUUGCCUGGAGGAAGGAAUCGAACCUCACUGUUUCGAGAGAUAUGGCCAACUCGGUGGUGUGUGGGUGUACGAUGAGAAUCUCCGACCUGGUCAGGGGUCAGCAAUCUACGAUUCCCUGACCACCAACUCCAGUAAGGUCAUGAUGGCGUUCAGUGACUACCCCAUGCCCGACGAUAUUCCCCCUUUCCCCCGCUACCCACACGUCCUCAAGUACGUCCAAGACUACGCCGCCCACUUCGAUCUCGAGAAACACAUUCAGUACAAGACCUCGGUCCUGCGGGUUGAACCGACAGCUGACUUCGAGACCACGGGGCAGUGGAGCGUGCGCACGCGCACAGAGGGCUGCGAGGAAAAGGCGGGAGUUUACGACGCGGUGUUCGUCUGCUCGGGCUUGUACAAACAGCCGCACAUCCCUCAAUACCCAGGGCUGGAUGAGUUCCAGGGGCAGAAAAUGCACACAAACGAGUUCAGGAAUGCUGACUCUUUCGGUGGAAAAACAGUGCUGGUGAUGGGAGCCUCCAACUCUGCCGGUGACGCGGCCGCGGAUUUGAGCCGUCGUGCCCGCGUGGUUCACCUGACCAUGAGGCACGGCUGCUGGGUCGUCAGACGCAUGGCCAAAGACAGUACUCCAGUAGACAUGAUGGUCAACCGUAGAAUCGUACAACUUGCUCCCAAGGCUAUUGUGGAGCGAGUAGCAAGUGCCAAUGCAAGCGUCAACUUCAGUCACGACAAACUAGGAUUACGCGCCGAGACCGGCCUACUACACAGCGAGGUCAUGGUAAACGACGAAAUAGGCGACCGCAUAAUGUGCGGUGCCGUCCAGUGCCGACCAGGGGUCAAACGGUUCACCCGCACUGGGGUCGAGUUCGUCGAUGGUUAUAAGAUUGAUAACCUAGAUGCCGUCGUGUUUGCUACUGGGUACGAGCUCGGGUUCGACUUCAUUGACCGCUCUAUAAUUCAAGACAGCUUCGCAGACUUGGACCUGUACAUGCACGUUUUCCCUCCCAAACUCAAGCAUCAUACCUUGGCCGUCAUUGGCUGCGUGGCGACGCUAGGGGGGCAGCCCCCCGUGUUUGAGCUGCAGACCCGAUGGGCUGCCCGGGUCUUCAAGGGGCUAGUGCCAAUGCCCGAUGUGGACACCAUGAUGGCCGACAUCAAGCGCAGGCGCAAUAUCUUCUAUCAAACCUUUGGAAAACACAGAAUCUUUUUCCCACCUGUUCCCUAUCAGGAAGAAGUUGCAGAGAUGAUUGGAGUAAAGCCACGAUUCACUGAGCUUCUACUGACCAAUCCCAGGCUUGCAUUCCAGGUAUUCUUUGGACCAUGCUACCCAGCCAGCUACCGCCUGCGCGGUCCCCACUCCUGGAAGGGCGCCAAAAAGGUCAUCGAGGAAUCAUGGGAUAGCGUCGUCCACGCCACCAAGACGCGGGUACCAAUGAAGCAGCCAAAGCAAGGGGGCGUGGUCACGGCUGACACCACCUUGCUGCGGGUAGGUCUGGCUGCUGUGAUGAUCUUCGUUGCCGUCUGUGCCUUUAUCGUUUAAGAGUCUAGCUUCUAGGAUGACUGAAAGUACAACCGUUGAAGGAAUAUGUGUCUAAGAUCAUCUUGUUGUGUAUAACCUUUUUAUUAUCUGAUCACAUACUCAGACUUGGUCCAAGGCAGUAUCAGAAUGAUGGGGAAAAAAAGUAAUUUAUUCUAACCGAUAUAUUGACAAAUGCAUGCAAAAAGGAACACAUGUAUUAAAUGCGGCUAUUUUUGUAGAGAAAUUUGCAGCUCUUUCUAAAGGUUAUUUUAACUAUUUAUUUUUCUGUACUAAUGUAGGCUAUUGUCUCUUGUACAUGUAUUGUUCUGAAAUUCAACAGACAAAGUGAUAA